GGGAAGUCCUGUGAUUGGCCCGGUCUCUGGAGCUCGCCGACGCGGAGAGAGGGCGCUCCCACGGAGACCGGAAUUGGCUGUGAACGGCCCCAGGCGGCCAUCUGGGGUCAUUGGGCACUGUCGUCAGAGCGGCCGGAGCCCGACCGUCGUCCCACAGAGCUGGGGCAGGGGGCCGUGCCCGAUCUCCAGGGCUCCUGGGGCCACUGCUGACCUGGCUGGAUGCAUCGGGCAGUGGACCCUCCAGGGGCCCGCGCUGCACGGGAAGCCUUUGCCCUUGGGGGCCUGAGCUGUGCUGGGGCCUGGAGCCCCUGCCCGCCCCAUCCCCCUCCUCGUAGCGCAUGGCUGCCUGGAGGCAGAUGCUCGGCCAGCAUCGGGCAGCCCCCACUCGCUGCUCCCCUACCCCCUUCACAUGGCAAUAGCUCUGGGCACCCCAACAAACCAUAUUAUGCUCCAGGGACCCCCACCCCAAGACCCCUCCAUGGGAAGCUAGAAUCCCUGCAUGGAUGUGUGCAGGCAUUGCUUCGGGAGCCGGCCCAGCCAGGGCUGUGGGAACAGCUUGGGCAGCUGUACGAGUCAGAGCACGACAGUGAAGAGGCCAUACGCUGUUACCACAGCGCCCUUCGAUAUGGAGGAGUCUUCGCUGAACUGGGGCCCCGCAUUGGCCGACUGCAGCAGGCCCAGCUCUGGAACUUCCAUGCUGGCUCCUGCCAGCACCGAGCCAAGGUACUGCCCCCCCUGGAGCAAGUGUGGAACUUGCUGCACCUUGAGCACAAGCGGAACUAUGGGGCCAAGCGGGGGGGUCCCCCGGUGAAGCGAGCUGCAGAACCUCCAGUAGUGCAGCCUGUGCCUCCUGCAGCACUCUCAGGCCCCUCGGGAGAGGAGGGCGUCAGCCCUGGAGGCAAGCGCAGGAGAGGCUGCAACUCUGAACAGACCGGCCUUCCCCCAGGGCUGCCACUGCCUCCGCCACCAUUACCACCACCACCACCACCCCCACUUCCUGGCCUGGCCACCAGCUCCCCAUUUCAGCUGACCAAGCCAGGGCUGUGGAGUACCCUGCACGGAGAUGCCUGGGGCCCCGAGCGCAAGUGUUCAGCACCCCCAGAGCGCCAGGACCAGCGGCACUCACUGCCUCACCCAUACCCAUACCCAGCUCCAGCCUACACUGCGCACCCCCCCAGCCACCGGCUGGUCCCGGCUGCACCCCCAGGCCCCCGCCCCCCAGGAGCAGAGAGCCAUGGCUGCCUGCCUGCUACCCGUCCCCCCGGAAGUGACCUUAGAGAGAGCAGAGUUCAGAGGUCGCGGAUGGACUCCAGUGUUUCACCAGCAGCAACCACCGCCUGCGUGCCUUAUGCCCCUUCCCGGCCCCCUGGCCUCCCUGGCACCACCACCACCAGCAGUAGCAGCAGCAGCAGCAACACCGGUCUCCGGGGCAUGGAGCCGAGCCCAGGCAUUCCCGGCAGUGACCAUUACCAAACUCCCGCGCUGGAGGUCUCCUCUCACCAGGGCCGCCUGGGGCCCUCGGCACACAGCAGUCGGAAACCGUUCUUGGCGGCUCCUGCUGCCACUCCCCACCUGUCCCUGCCACCUGGACCCCCCUCAACCCCUCCACCCCCCUGUCCCCGUCUCUUACGUCCCCCGCCACCCUCUGCCUGGCUGAAGGGCCCAGCCUGCCGGGUAGCCCGAGAGGAUGGCGAGAUCUUAGAGGAACUCUUCUUCGGGGCUGAGGGACCCCCCCGUCCUCCCCCAGCACCUCUCCCCCACCGCGAGGGCUUCUUGGGGCCUCUGGCCCCCCGCUUUUCUGUGGGCACUCAGGAUUCACACACCCCUCCCACUCCCCCAACCACCAGCAGUAGCAGCAGCAGCAGUGGCAGCCACAGCAGCAGCCCUACUGGGCCUGUGUCCUUCCCCCCACCUCCCUAUCUGGCCAGAAGUAUGGACCCCCUUCCCCGGCCCUCUAGCCCAACACUGAGCCCCCAGGACCCGCCUCUUGCACCCCUGACUAUUGCCCUGCCCCCAGCCCCUCCCUCCUCCUGCCACCAAAAUACCUCAGGAAGCUUCAGGCGCCCGGAGAGCCCCCGGUCCAGGGUCUCCUUCCCAAAGACCCCCGAGGUGGGGCCGGGGCCAUCCCCAGGCCCCCUGAGUAAAGCCCCUCAGCCUGUGCCGUCCGGGGUGGGAGAGUUGCCUGCCCGGGGCCCACGACUGUUUGAUUUUCCCCCUACCCCGCUGGAGGACCAGUUUGAGGAGCCAGCUGAAUUCAAGAUCCUACCUGAUGGGCUGGCCAACAUCAUGAAGAUGCUGGAUGAAUCAAUUCGAAAAGAGGAGGAGCAGCAACAACAGGAGUCAGGCGUGGGUCCUCCGCCCCCACUAAAGGAGCCCUUCGCAUCUCUGCAGCCUCCAUUCCCCACUGACACAGCCUCAACCACCACUGCUGCCAGCACCACCGCCGCCACCACCACAACGGUCACCCAGGAAGAGGAGAAGAAGCCACCACCACCCCCGCCCCCACCAGCCACCCCAGCCAGCCUGCUCAAAUCCUUGGCUUCUGUGCUGGAGGGACAAAAGUACUGUUACCGGGGGACUGGAGCAGCUGUUUCCACCCGGCCUGGGCCCUUGUCCACCACUCAGUAUUCCCCUGGUCCCCCAUCAGGUGCUACCGCCCCACUGCCCACCUCAGCGGCCCCUAGCGCUCAGGGCUCCCCACAGCCCUCCGCUUCCUCGUCAUCUCAGUUCUCUACCUCAGGUGGGCCCUGGGCCCGGGAGCGCAGGGCGGGUGAAGAGCCAGCCCCAGGCCCAAUGACCCCCACCCAGCCGCCCCUACCCCUGCCGCUGCCCCCUGCUCGCUCUGAGUCUGAGGUGCUAGAAGAGAUCAGUCGGGCUUGUGAGACCCUUGUGGAGCGGGUGGGCCGGAGUGCCACUGACCCAGCAGACCCAGUGGACACAGCAGACCCAGUGGACAGUGGGACUGAACGACUGCUGCCUCCCACACAGGCCAAGGAGGAGAGUGGUGGGGUGGUGGCAGCAGCAGGGCCAGGCAGCAGCAAGCGGCGGCAGAAGGAGCACCAGAAGGAGCAUCGGCGGCACAGGCGGGCCUGUAAGGACAGUGUGGGUCGGCGGCCCCGUGAGGGCAGGGCAAAGGCCAAGGCCAAGGCCCCCAAAGAAAAGAGCCGCCGGGUGCUGGGGAACCUGGACCUGCAGAGCGAGGAGAUCCAGGGUCGUGAGAAGGUCCGGCCUGACCCUGGCGGGGCAUCUAAGGCCAAACCAUCCACAACUGUGGUCCCUCCACCAGCUCCUGCACCCUCUGCUCAGCCCACACCCCCAUCAGCCCCUGUUCCUGGAAAGAAGGCUCGGGAGGAAGCUCCAGGGCCACCAGGCGUCAGCCGGGCUGACAUGCUAAAGCUGCGCUCACUUAGUGAGGGGCCCCCCAAGGAGCUGAAGAUCCGACUUAUCAAGGUAGAGAGUGGUGACAAGGAGACCUUUAUCGCCUCUGAGGUGGAAGAGCGGCGGCUGCGCAUGGCAGACCUCACCAUCAGCCACUGCGCUGCUGAUGUUGUGCGUGCCAGCAAGAAUGCCAAGGUGAAAGGGAAGUUUCGAGAGUCCUACCUUUCCCCUGCCCAGUCUGUGAAACCGAAGAUCAACACCGAGGAGAAGCUGCCCCGGGAAAAACUCAACCCCCCCACGCCCAGCAUCUAUCUGGAGAGUAAACGUGACGCCUUCUCGCCGGUGCUGCUGCAGUUCUGUACGGACCCUCGAAAUCCCAUCACCGUGAUCCGGGGCCUGGCGGGCUCUCUGCGGCUCAACUUGGGCCUCUUCUCCACCAAGACGCUGGUGGAGGCGAGUGGUGAACACACCGUGGAGGUGCGCACCCAGGUGCAGCAGCCCUCAGAUGAGAACUGGGAUCUAACGGGCACACGACAGAUCUGGCCCUGUGAGAGCUCCCGUUCCCACACCACCAUUGCCAAGUAUGCACAGUACCAGGCCUCAUCGUUCCAGGAGUCCCUGCAGGAGGAGAAGGAGAGUGAAGAUGAAGAGUCAGAGGAGCCCGACAGCACCACAGGAACCCCUCCUAGCAGUGCACCAGACCCGAAGAAUCAUCACAUCAUCAAGUUUGGCACCAACAUCGACCUGUCCGAUGCCAAGAGGUGGAAGCCCCAGCUGCAGGAGCUGCUGAAACUGCCCGCCUUCAUGCGGGUCACAUCCACGGGCAACAUGCUGAGCCACGUGGGCCACACCAUCUUGGGCAUGAACACCGUGCAGUUGUACAUGAAGGUCCCCGGCAGCCGAACGCCAGGCCAUCAAGAGAACAACAACUUCUGCUCUGUCAACAUCAACAUCGGCCCUGGCGACUGCGAGUGGUUUGCGGUGCACGAGCACUACUGGGAGACCAUUAGCGCCUUCUGCGACCGGCACGGCGUGGACUACUUGACAGGUUCCUGGUGGCCAAUACUGGAUGACCUCUAUGCUUCCAAUAUCCCUGUGUACCGCUUCGUGCAGCGCCCCGGAGACCUCGUGUGGAUUAACGCAGGGACUGUGCACUGGGUGCAGGCCACCGGCUGGUGCAACAACAUCGCCUGGAAUGUGGGACCCCUCACCGCCUAUCAGUACCAGCUGGCCCUGGAACGAUAUGAGUGGAAUGAGGUGAAGAACGUCAAGUCCAUUGUGCCCAUGAUUCAUGUGUCCUGGAACGUGGCUCGCACAGUUAAAAUCAGCGACCCCGACUUGUUCAAGAUGAUCAAGUUCUGCCUCCUGCAGUCCAUGAAGCACUGCCAGGUGCAACGGGAGAGUCUGGUGCGGGCAGGGAAGAAAAUCGCUUACCAGGGCCGGGUCAAGGACGAGCCUGCCUACUACUGCAACGAGUGUGAUGUGGAGGUGUUCAACAUCCUGUUUGUGACGAGUGAGAACGGCAGCCGCAACACGUACCUGGUGCACUGCGAGGGCUGCGCCCGGCGCCGCAGCGCGGGCCUGCAGGGCGUGGUGGUGCUGGAGCAGUACCGCACCGAGGAGCUGGCGCAGGCCUACGACGCCUUCACGCUGGUGAGGGCGCGGCGGGGGGCGCAACAGACACAAGGACCAGGCUCCGGCGGCGGCGGGGGUCACAUACGGGUUCCCUCACGCCUGCCGCCCGCCCGCCCGCCCGGCGCAGAUGCCCGCGGCUAG